AUGGCGCCGUCUGCAAUUCCCACCCCCGCUCCUCCUCCCUCCGCCUCCCCCUCCCCCGAUGCCGAGCUGCUGCAGCUCCUGCAGCAGCUCGAAGCGCCGCUCAAGAACCUCCCCCAGCUCGCCCACGACUUCGAAGCCACCUUCCACGACCUCGCCCUCACCUCGACGACGCAGUUCCUGCCCACGCCCGUGCGCGUGCUCCCUAGCGGCGACGAGACCGGCCAGUUCCUCGCGCUCGACCUCGGCGGGACCAAUCUGCGCGUCGGUGUCGUCGAGCUCCUCGGCCGGCGCUCCCUCGACACUGGCGACGGCGAGCGACUCCGCAUCCCCACGCAGGGCAGCUGGAGCAUCCCGGAGCACCUCAAGUCCAGCACGGCCGAGGACCUCUUCCACUGGGUGUCUGAGCGCAUCCGUAACGUCCUGCGCGAGCAGCCGACAACGACGGCAGACGUGAUGGAGCUCGGCAUCACGUUCAGCUUCCCGAUGGAGCAGACGUCGCACACGUCGGCGCUGCUCAUGCCGAUGGGCAAGGGCUUCACCUUCACAAACACCAACGACCUCGCCGCGCUGCUCUCCACCGCCUACACGGCUACCUCAGCCGCGGGCGAGCCCGCGCUCCGCAUCGUCUCCAUCACGAACGACUCCGUCGCGACGCUGCUCUCCGCUGCCUACGCGCACGCCACCCCGUGCUCCAAGACGGCCGCCGGCAUCAUCGCGGGCACAGGCACAAACGCCACCUGCAUGUGUCCCGUGUCGAAGCUGCACGCCUCCAAGCAGCCCCCCGGCGACAGCGGCGACGGCGGCAUGCUGCUGAACACGGAGUGGAGCAUCCGCGGCACCGCGCCGCCGCUGGCCCCCUACGUGACGGCGUGGGAUCGGCGCCUCGACGCGGGAAACGAGAAGCCCGGCUUCCAGCCGCUCGAGGAGAUGGUGGGCGGCCGGUACCUCGGCGAGCUGGUGCGGCUGGUGGGUCUCGACGUGUUUCCGCGCGAUGCGCUGCCCGCGGCGAUGCACCGCGCGUACGGCGUGGACACGAAGCUGUGCGGCGAUGUCGAGGCGGCGGCUACCGACGCGGAGGCACUGGCGCUGCUGGCUGACUACUUCAGCGCCGAUGGCGGGUGGGGUCUCGGACUGGGGGCGGCGGCGACGUUUAGGCGCGUGUGUGGCGCAGUUAGUACGCGGGCGGCGGCGCUUGUUGCGGCGGCGACGGUGGGCGUGUUGGGGAUGAACGAUGAGCUGGGGGACGGCGUGAAUAUCGUCGUGGGGUAUACGGGGACUAUACUGGAGAGGUAUCCGGGGUUUAAGGAGCGCUGCGAGGGGUUUAUGAGGGAGAUUGUGAGGAAGAGGAGGGGGGGCGAGGACGGGGCGACUGUGACGCUGGUGGAGGCGAGGGAUGGGGGCAUUUUGGGGGCGGCGGUGUUGGCGGCUAUGGUGAAGGGGGGGAGCACAUAG